AUGAGCAGUUCGGAUGAAGUUGCACUGAAUGAGGGUGGAAUGGAGAUUUCGCCUCCUUGGGGAAGUAUUCCAGUCGAAGCCUAUAUUCUGCAAAAUUGGGAUACGAGCUCUGCAACGGCACCUACGGAUCAACUUCGACAUCUCGUGCGUCUUUACAUUGGAGCCGGAUAUCAUGAUCCUACCACUUUACCAUCAAUCACACCAACGGAUGAUCAAGUAACCACAAUAUUGCAGCUUUGGCGUACCCCUUUUCAAAGAGCGGUGGCGACAGAGCCUGGUCAGAUUGGAUGUAUUUGGCUCCGGACGGACUAUUCAGCAGAGUCAGAAGGCGCGCAUGAAUCCUUGCUGGAAAAUUUGGAUUUGUUCAAUACUCUAGAUGACGAAGAUCGUCUUCUCGAUGAUGAAGAUCUCUACGAUUUUGGACAAGAGUGGCAAAAAAUUCUUGAUUUGAUGCCUGAGCUUGUCGUUUCUACUGAUGCCUCAACCUGGCACUCCAGUCAAACCCGGCUCACUAAAGCCGAAGAUGAACUCGACAAGGCAAAAGCAUAUCUAGCCGGCGAAGAUAUCCAAGGUGCACCGGUAGAACUAAUUGAAAGUAUGAGAAAUGUCUUGCCUGCUGAUCAAGCUGGGGAGAGUGUUCUCCGAAUCCUGCUGAGCAAGGUGCACAAGACCUGCGUUGUGAACUACAUCCUUGUAGAAGACUCAGAGGCUCUGGAGACCCAACAGCUUCUGCUGAUUUUCCUUGAUGCCCACGGGAGAGUUGCGAGGUCUUCAAGAAUGCCGCCUGAUCAGACGGAGCAGAUGGGUGGGUUCUGGUUGGAUGGUAGCUGGGACGAGGUGGAUGAAUGGAUGGAGGCAGACAUCGGUGAUGACUACCAGGUUGGUGGUUUAUUGCCAAUAUGGUGCUACAUCAAGAAGAUGAAAAAGCAGCAAUUACGUGCCUGGGAGCUACUGUUUUACAAUAAUCGUUUUACCUCGCUCCUUCAAGGUACACCGGGAACUGGAAAGACGAAGACUGUUGCUGGUCAAGGUUUAGGGCUUGCAUUGUGUGAAGUCAAGACUCUCAUCACCGCUCCCUCAAAUACAGCCGCGAGAGAAUCAUUGAUCAAGCUCGUGCAAAUGUUGCGUGAAGUCCUUGCCAGAUUUCCUCAAGCUGAAGAGUGGUUCGACAUCGUUUAUCUCCCAACUCGUAGUACUACACUAUCUGAUAUUAUGGAAGCUGAUGUUGAUUGGGAAAUCAUGACCGAUCAUACCAUCAAAGAGGGUCAGAAUCAGACUGGUCAAGCUGACGUUGACAAGUAUGCUCUCUGGAGACACAUUGCUGCAUCCUUCGAAGAGGAUAAUGGUAACAGUAGUGACACGGAAAAACAAACAAAGGCUAAAGUUUGGUUGGAUGUCCUCGAGGCAUACAAGUACAGUCACCGCAUUAGUGCCAAGGACAAGAAGAAGUUCUUCUUAGCUGUCGAGGGUAAAGCUAAGGAGAUAUUUUCUUCUCCCCUCUCCAAUGUCAAGAUCGUGAUUUGCACUUGCAAUACGGCUCACCUCCUUCAAGACUAUGGUUACAAGCCUCGAGCUUCACUUGCAGAUGAAGCUGCAUUCGGUUCGGAGCCGGAACUUAUCAUUCCAGCCAUCCUUUCUGCUUCAAAAAAUCAAUACUCUGGCGAUUACAUGCAGUUGCCUCCAGUGGUUAAAUCUGCGGGUCACAAUGAGCAAUCGAGCCAGCUUGCCAUGUCCCUGUUUAAGAGGUUCUAUGAUCAUGACAGCGUUGAAUUCAUACGAUUUAGGAUGAAUUACCGCAUGCCCAAGGUGUUGGCCAGAUUCCCAGGUAUGGUAACGUAUGGAUUUUUGGGCGCUCAUCCUAGUACCGUGGUUACAAGCGAUACUUUAAAGUACUACCAGGAAUGGUGGAGCUCUGAUAGUGCUAAACCAUACAGAGAUGCUCGCCGCAAAUCUGAAUUUGGUGGACCUGAGAACGAUAACCCUCAACGCUUGUUCAUCAAUGUGAAGAAUAGAAAGUGUGCACCAAAACAAGGCGGAAAAUCCAAGAGAAAUUUCGCAAAUAUCAACGCCGUUUGCGAUGUCAUCAUGAAUCUGUUUUCGCAUCAACAUUCUAUUGAUAUCACUAACAUUGACCGCGAUAAGAUCACAGCCUUGACGCCAUACAAGGAGGAACUUCAUGAGAUAUCCAGACAUGUCACCAUGAGGUUGAAGAUGCACAAUCCCAAGAUCCAGAGAUUCCCUCGAUUCCGAACCAUCGACAGUACACAAGGUGGUGAGAACGAAAUUGUCUUGCUCACAGUGACACCUGCUGAUCAGCAUAAUGGUUCGGUCAUUGGGUUCAUUAGAAAAUGGAAUUGGAUGAACGUCGCCUUGACUCGUGCAAAGAGUGCAUUGAAUAUCUUUGGAAAUUUGGAUCUUUGGCGUUCACAACUUCCAAUCAUCACCAAGAUCCGCAAGGCUAAGAAGUUUGGCUACAUGAUCAUGGAUCUCUUGGACAUGGGUGAUGUCAUUGACGUUGAUGGAGAUAAAUACCUUCCAAAGACAUUUGCGGAGUUAAGGAACGGUCGUCAAACUUGGACCAUGGAAAUUGAAGCCACCCCACCCGAAAGUUCUGCAUUCAAUCGUCGAGCCCAAGUGUGUUUAAAUACGCACAGUGAUCCAAAGGUAAAGGCGGAGUAUGAAAGGAAACUUCUCGAUCAAAUGAGAGCCAUGAGAAAGACUGCCGAGGAAUUUGAGAGAUUGGACAAAGCCGGUGUUGAAUAUGAUUUGCCCUCAGCAUCUUUAAAUGUACCAAUUUGA